AAAAUCCCAAUUUUGGAUAAAACAUGAAAAACAAAAAAGGGGUUGCAAAGUAGAUUGCUCUGCUUUAUUGUGUUUCUCUCUUUAACCUUUGAAUGAUUGGUAAAGACACUGUUUUCUGGGAAUUUGCCUUGCUAGCUCAAAACAUUUCCUUUUUCAAAAAAAAAAUCUCAAGGCUGAUGACUUGAAGAGUGUUAUUCUGUUUUCACCCAAAAUUGGGUAUAAGGAACUUUGAUUGAAUGGACAUGAACUUUAGUGGUGGCCUAAGUUUUUCUGGGAUCUUGUUUUUUCUCUUUUUUAUUUCUUACAUAUUUAAUUUUUUUUUUCCAUUUAUCACAUUCUAUAUAUCUAACUAAACCAGACACCACAAAGACAAAUUCCCAACAGGAACAAAAAAAUCUUUUUUUAUUCUCUCCCAAGAAAAAACACUCUGACAAAGGUUUCAUCUGUUUUGGUCUCACUUGCAGACAAGAAUCUUGUCAGGUUUUCCUGAGGUAGGAACUGUUCUUCAGGGUUUGGAGUCCUACAAGAAGAAAACCCAUUUGAAGUUUGGCCAUUAUGCAGAAGAGUUUCUGAAAGAUUCAAGAACAUAAAUAUCAGCUAUGAAGUUUAUGAAACUUGGAUCUCGGCCUGACACUUUCUACACUUCAGAAGAUUUAAGAUGUGUUUCUUCUGAAGUUUCUAGUGAUUAUACAAUUGAAGUCUCCGGAACUAGUUAUCAUCUUCACAAGUUUCCACUGCUUUCAAAGUGCAUGAGGCUUCAAAGAAUGUGCUCUGAGUCUCCAGAAUCAAACCAACUUCCAGACUUCCCAGGAGGAGUGGAAGCCUUUGAGCUCUGUGCCAAAUACUGCUAUGGAAUGACAAUAACAAUAAGCGCAUACAACAUAGUAGCAGCUAGAUGUGCAGCAGAGUAUCUUCAGAUGUCAGAGGAAGUUGAGAAAGGUAACUUGGUGUACAAGCUUGAAGUCUUCUUGAACACCUGCAUCCUUAAUGGAUGGAGAGACUCCAUAGUCACGCUUCACACCACUAAGGCUUUUCCUCUCUGGUCUGAAGACCUUGCCAUCACCAGUAGGUGCAUUGAGGCAAUAGCCUCAAAGGUCUUGUCUCAUCCAUCCAAAGUGUCUCUCUCACACAGUCAUUCUAGACGUGUUAGGGAAGAUGACGCCUCCUCUAACAGAGCUGCUGCUGCGAGCAGAGGAUGGUGGGCUGAAGAUAUCGCAGAGUUGGGGAUAGAUCUUUAUUGGAGGACAAUGAUUGCUAUCAAAUCCGGUGGCAAAGUACCCUCUAGUCUCAUCGGUGACGCCCUUCGAGUUUACGCCUCUAAGUGGCUUCCUUCUCUGCAAAGAAACCGGAAACAAGUCGGCAAGAAAGAGGAUUCUGACUCGGAUUCGGAGACUGAUGUUUCAUCCAAGCAUAGGUUGUUGUUGGAGUCCAUUAUAAGCUUGCUUCCUGCUGAGAAAGCCGCGGUUUCUUGCAGCUUCUUGCUUAAGCUCUUGAAAGCAGCUAACAUCUUAAACGCCUCAUCUUCUUCCAAAAUGGAACUAGCAAGAAGGGUGGCUCUUCAGUUAGAAGAAGCAACGGUGAGUGACUUGUUAAUACCUCCAACGUCAUACAAAUCUGAAAUGCUAUACGAUGUGGACAUUGUGGCGACUAUCUUGGAACAGUUUAUGAUCUUAGGGCAGACUAGUCCACCAACAAGUCCUCUGAGAUGUAAAAAGGGUAUGAUGGAUAGGAGACAAAGAUCUCGUUCGGCUGAGAAUAUUGAUCUUGAGUUCCAAGAAAGUAGGAGGUCUUCCUCUGCCUCUCACAGCUCAAAGCUUAAAGUGGCUAAGCUUGUGGAUGGAUACCUCCAACAGAUUGCUAGAGAUGUGAGCCUACCGCUCUCAAAGUUUGUUAGUUUAGCUGAGAGUGUCCCUGAGUUUUCUAGGCUUGAUCAUGAUGAUCUCUACAGAGCCAUUGACAUAUAUCUCAAGGCUCACAAGAAUCUGAAUAAAUCAGAAAGAAAAAGAAUCUGCAGAGUCUUGGACUGCAAGAAACUGUCGAUGGAAGCGUGUAUGCACGCGGCGCAGAACGAGAUGCUUCCGCUGAGAGUUGUGGUUCAAGUCCUCUUCUAUGAGCAGGCGCGAGCCGCUGCAGCUACCAACAACGGUGAAGUCAAAAUGACCGAGCUUCCAAGCAACAUCAAAGCGCUCCUUGCGGCACACAACAUUGAUCCUUCUAAUCCAAGUGCAGCAGCUUUCAGCACGACCACAAGCAUGGCAGGACCGGAAGAUCAGUGGAGCGUGUCUGGUCUCAAAUCUCCCAAGUCAAAGCUCUCAGGGACACUGAGAAGCAAGUUAGCUGAAGAUGAAGAGAUAGACGAGAGGUUUAUGAACCAAGGAGGAGGAAGAACUCCAUCUCGGUUUAAGGCUUUCUGUGCAAUCCCUGGCCGACCUAAGAAGAUGUUCAGCAAGUUUUUGUCCAUCAACAGAAACUCCAACGACAAAAACUGAAUAAACUGUUAUUUUUAGAUCUUUAGAGUAAAAGAAAGAAAAUGUGUAAACCUCUCUCUCUAUCUCUUUAUGUAACUUCACCAAUGUUCAAUUAGUCUCCAAAAUAAUAAUGUUUAAGAAUUCAUAUUUA